GGAUACUAGAAGGGCCGGCUGCCAAGAGAGAGAAAGAAUAGAGAGAAAGGGCGGAAGAGAUGGAUGCUUCGAAGGUUGCAGAGCUGAAGCUGUUCGUCAAUAAGUUGAAAUCAAACCCUUCAAUCAUUAACGACCCUUCUUUAGGGUUCUUCAAGAGUUAUCUCCAAAGCCUUGGAGCUCGAAUUCCAGAAGAUACAGAACCUGAUGAAAGCGAUGAUGAUUCAUCCAAUCCUGAGGAACAUGCUGAUCGUGGUAGUUUGGAGGAUGAACUUGUUGAAUCGGAUAUUGAGUUGGAUAAUGCUGCUGUUCUAGAACCCGAUAAUGAUCCUCCGCAGAAGAUGGGGGAUCCCUCUGUAGAGGUUACGGAGGAAAAUCGAGAUGCUGCUCAAAUGUCCAAAUUGAAAGCUAUGGAUGCUCUCUCUGAAGGUAAGCUGGAUGAAGCCAUUGAACAUUUAACUGGAGCAAUCUUGUUGAAUCCUAGUUCUGCCAUCUUAUAUGCAACUAGAGCUAGUGUCUAUGUGAAAAUGAAUAAGCCAAAUGCUGCUAUUCGUGAUGCAAAUGCUGCUCUCGAGAUAAAUUCUGAUUCAGCCAAAGGGCACAAAUUUCGAGGAAUUGCAAAGGCCAUGCUGGGCCAAUGGGAAGAGGCGACUAAGGAUCUUCAUGUAGCCUCAAACUUGGAUUAUGAUGAGGAAAUUGGUUCAGCUCUUAAGAAGGUUGAACCUAAUGCGCACAAAAUUGAGGAGCAUCGCAGGAAAUAUGAGCGGUUAAGAAAGGAGAGGGAACUAAAGAAAGCAGAACGUGAACGGGAGAGACGGCGAGCUGAAGCUCAAGCUGCUUAUGAGAGGGAGAAAGCAAAGGCACAUUCGUCAGUAAAAAGAUCUGAUUCAGAGCCCACUUCUUUACAAGAUGGACAAGUUGUUAGUAUUCACUCUGCCAGUGAGUUGGAGACCAAAUUUAAUGCUGCUUCUAAUUUAUCCCGCUUGGUGAUCCUGUACUUCACUGCAACCUGGUGUGGCCCCUGCCGCUUCAUUUCUCCUCUUUACACAAGCUUAGCAGGGAAGUAUACUAAAGUUGUUUUCUUAAAAGUGGACAUUGAUGAGCUGAGAGAUGUGGCUGCACGUUGGAAUAUUAGUAGCGUUCCAAGUUUCUUCUUCAUAAAAAAUGGUAAGGAGAUUGAUAGAGUUGUAGGGGCAGACAAGAAUGAUCUUGAAAGGAAGAUUGCACAGUAUGCAAGUCAGCAGUCUUGAGGGACAACUGGGUGUUAUCAAUGCAUUCACCUUGGUGUUUCUUGGUUGGAGAAAUCUUUGGGUGGUGUGAAGCAUACUACAUAACUACAUGUGAUGGUUAAUAGUAAAGUUUCUCUAAUGAAUACACUCUUUUGGCUUUUUGUUCCUCUUGAACUACAUAUCGAAACAUCAUGCUUGAAAAUACACAUUGUUGUUACUGUUAUUUGUAUAUGGUGAGUGUGUUUUUGAAGCUACUGUGCUAAUGAAAGGUACAUUUGGUCAA